AUGUCCAACAGAAACAGAUUGAUUCUGGUGGUACUUCUCUGGGUUGCGGUUCUAUUUGGAACUCUUGCUCUCAUUCUGAAUCGGCUAACAGAUGCAGGAUUUUCAUCUGACAAAAAAUUGAUUUCAGAUAGCAAGUUUAAUCACGAGGUGAAAACCUCGAAGGAUAUAGAAGUGACUCACAAAGUUUACUUUGACAUUGAAAUUGAUGGCAAACCCAUUGGGCGUAUUGUCAUGGGCCUAUACGGGAAAACAGUACCAAAGACAGCAGAAAAUUUUCGGGCUCUUUGCACAGGGGAAAAAGGAACUGGAACAAGUGGGAAGCCUCUUCACUAUAAAGGGAGCACAUUCCACAGGAUCAUACCAAGCUUUAUGAUCCAGGGAGGCGACUUUACCCGUGGAGAUGGAAGAGGUGGCGAAUCAAUUUUUGGUGGUAGUUUCCCUGACGAGAACUUCAAACUAAAGCACACCGGUCCUGGAUUUCUCUCGAUGGCAAAUUCCGGACCAGAUACCAAUGGUUCUCAAUUCUUCAUCACAGUGGUGAAAACGAGCUGGUUGGACGGUCAUCACGUUGUCUUUGGCAAAGUGCUUUCAGGGAUGGAUGUUGUGUACAAGAUUGAAGCCCAAGGCAGACAAGAUGGAAUGCCCAAAAGCCGAGUAAUCAUUUCAGACAGCGGUGAAUUGCCAGUAUAA